AAAGGUUCAAUCCCCAUUAGGAGUGAAUCCAAAUUAAAACAGAUCCAAUCAUGUUGGCCCUCUCUUCUUCUUUGUAUUCUAACUAUGGCUCCUCAUGGCCUUUGGAGGAAAAGAAUAUGAGCCAAGCCCCUUUCUUGAAUAACAAUUCUGGAGAAACAGAAGAAGCUUUGGAUUCAUCAUCUCUACAAUUCCCUUCAUUGCAAACCCAACAUAUGGAGUAUUUUCCUUCCACUGACAUUACCAAUGAUCCAUCCUUCAUCAAGAAACUCAGCCAUAAUGCCAGCGAACGUGAUCGCCGCAAGAAAUUAAACACUCUCUAUGCUUCUCUUAGAUCAAUACUUCCAGGGGCUGAUCAAACGAGGAAACUAAGCAUUCCAUCGACGAUUUCUCGUGUUCUAAAAUACAUACCUGAGCUGCAUAACCAAGUUGAGAAGCUGAAACAGAGGAAGCAGGAAAUCUUAUCAACUAUUCAUAAGAAUGGAGAUCGAACCCACAUCGAUAAUCAAAGUAAUAGGAUUGUUCGAAGAUCAUUACCAAUUGUUUCGGUGAGUGAAAUUGAAGAAAGAGUAGUAAUGAUUCAGAUAUGUACAAGUAAGAACAUGAGAAGUUCAGUAUCAGAGAUUUUGGUUAAUUUGGAAGAAGAGGGCCUUGAAGUGUUUAAUCUUUCAGCUUCUGGUUCUUCAGGGGAGGUGGUGUUUUACAAUCUUCAUCUUCAGAUUAGAGAAAAAGAAGGGUUGAAUUGCGAAUUGUUGAGUCAGAAGCUGCUCUCAAUGUGUGAAAUGGGGGAAGAUUUGUUGUUCUGAUGCAAUGGUUUUGGCCAUGGCGAGAUUACUUAACAACUAACCAUACAACCUUUUGAAAGAAGAGAUCUAUCGAAGGAAAAGGACUAGGCAUGAGUGAUGAUUCUUGAUUGAAUCUCUCAUUUCUUGUACUACUCUAAAUACCA